AUGAGCCAGCCUUCAGUCAAAAAAGACCCCGGCAUCAAACCUGAGCCUGAGACUGGAUCGCCAGCUACCAGUGCCUCGCCCCAAAUGAGUCCCACGCCCAAGUCCUCGGCUGGCGGUGAAUGGAACGUGAUUCCUCUCAAGGCAUGUUCUAGGGAAGAGUUGAAGGAUACUAGAAACCACAUCAUGCGGUUCCAGACCAAGCAGGACGUAGAUAUUGUCAAGAACUUCACCAAACCUGUUCGUUUGCACCGUAAAGAUCCACAGAACAUCCAGUUCCAUCUUUCACGAGAAGAAAUGGAUAAGCGCCGCAAAGAAGGUGGGGGCAUCAGCCAAACAGUUACCGAGCCUACAUACGUCGACGAGGAGGGUAACAUCAUUCAGCCAGCAGACAUGUCGCAGGUAGCUCCCGAUGGAGGCGCCAGAAGACACCGGAGAAACUUGUUCAAGAGGAAAACCAAGCAGGUGCACAUGAUGGACGAGAAGAAACGUAAACUCAGGUACGAGGAGUACUACCCCUGGGUAAUUGAGGACUAUGACGGCAAGAACGUUUAUGUAGGCAGCUACGAGGCAGGUCUGUCGGAAUCUACCCAUGUUCUCUUUGUCUUCGAUAAGGACGGCUUCAAGAUGGUGCCUGCGGAAAAGGUCUACAAGUUCACACCCAGAAAUAGAUAUGCCACGUUGACGUUGGAAGAAGCGGAGGCGAAGAUGGAAAAGAACCAGUCAGCUCCUCGUUGGUUGAUGAAGCACAUGGACGAGGAGGGUGGUGACGCUCGGUUCAGAAACUCCGGUUAUUCGGCUCCUGUGCGUCCGCUGGAGCUUAGCCAGAGCUCUACUGGUAGCAGAUACCGUAUGCGGACGGUCCAGGGUGGCUCCUCGUCCAAUGGACGAGACUCUGACCACGACGACUUGGAUUUCGAAGAAGAGUUUGCCGAUGAUGAGGAGGCGCCCAUUAUGGACGGUGACGAGGAAGAGAACAAAUUGUCGGAAAAGAAAAUUAAGAAGGAGAUGCUCAAGGCCGCAACCUUCGAAGGCCAACUGGACGGUGACGAUAGUGGAGAUGACUUGAACGACUUGUUUGAGGUGGAGAAAUCCAGAAAGGUUGACAAGGAAGGUAAGAAGUUGAAGAAGGUUUUGAACCGUACCGAGGGAGGUGUAUACGACUCUGAUGAUAACGAACAGAUAAACCCAUACGUUUCUCAAUCAGACUUGGAAAGUGAAGAAGAGUCUGAGAGUGAGUUCAACGUCAAAACAGAACCUACCGACGAGGUUGCUGGGAGUGACCCAUUGCGUCCUCGUUCAUUCUUCGUCUCGAGCGCCGCAAACGGCUACAUUGUUAUAAAAGCUCCCAAACAGUUUUUAAGAGGCUUCCAGCCUGGCGAGUGGAACCCACAGGCUAAGAAGAGAUCACAGACAUUCGACACUCCCUCGCCCAAGAAAACAAAGAGGGACGAAAAGAGUCCUAGUGCAUCUCCCCCACCGGACAAUUCAGCUGCUGGAGAUUUGAACAAUGCUGGACCAAACGGAGAGUUGGUAACAACCUGGGAGGUGUUGGAUAUUGUCCGCAACAACCCUCUCACCACCAAGGAGUUGCUUUUGAAACUCAAGAGCAGAAUCAGCACCCACAAGGACAACAAACUCCGCAUCAUCACCAUUGUCAAGCUGAAUUUCAGGUUGGUCGAUGGAAAGCUUACUCUCAAGGAGGAGUAG